GAGGCGAAGUCUCUGGUCCAGAAGCUUCAUCGGGAGGAGUGGCAGAGGUUCGUAUACCUUGCCUCAAUUGCUCUUAUCCGUUGAUUUUGCCCCAAUUUUAUUAAGCAACAGUUGCAUACGUUCGUUAAGGAGCUGUUUCAGAGCUUGGUGGGUGUAUAGAAGAUGUCUUCUUCGUCAGGGCAACCUCAGUUUCGAUACACUCAAACUCCUUCAAAAGUUUUGCAUCUCCGCAACCUUCCAUGGGAAUGCACAGAAGAAGAGCUCAUUGAGCUCUGCAAGCCAUUUGGGAAGAUUGUCAACACCAAAUGCAAUGUUGGGGCCAACCGUAACCAGGCUUUCGUCGAAUUUGUGGACCUUAAUCAGGCCAUUUCCAUGGUUUCAUAUUAUGCUUCUUCAUCAGAGCCAGCACAGGUGCGGGGAAAAACAGUAUAUAUCCAAUAUUCUAACAGGCAAGAAAUUGUCAACAACAAGAGCUCCGGAGAUGUUGCUGGGAAUGUUUUGCUAGUGACCAUUGAAGGUGUAGAAGCUGGUGAUGUCAGUAUAGAUGUCAUUCACCUCGUAUUUUCUGCCUUUGGAUUUGUGCACAAGAUUGCAACUUUUGAAAAGGCUGCUGGAUUUCAGGCAUUGAUACAGUUCAGCGAUUCUGAAACUGCCUCUGCUGCAAGAAAUGCAUUGGAUGGGAGAAGUAUUCCAAGGUACCUACUUCCAGAGCAUGUUGGUUCUUGCCAUUUACGGAUAUCAUUUUCAGCUCAUACUGACUUGAAUAUCAAAUUUCAAUCACAUCGCAGCAGGGAUUACACAAAUCCUUACCUUCCUGUGAAUCCUUCGGCUAUUGAAGGCACUGCACAGCCUGUUGUAGGCCCAGACGGGAAGAGAAAGGAACCAGAGAGCAAUGUACUUCUUGCUUCCAUUGAGAACAUGCAAUAUGUAGUGACUGUUGAUGUUCUUCACACGGUGUUCUCAGCAUUUGGCACUGUUCAAAAAAUUGCUAUCUUUGAGAAGAAUGGUGGUCUGCAGGCAUUGAUUCAGUACCCUGAUAUAACAACAGCUGCAGUUGCCAAAGAACAUUUGGAGGGACACUGCAUCUAUGAAGGUGGCUAUUGUAAGCUUCAUCUGUCAUACUCUCGUCAUACUGAUCUCAAUGUUAAGGCUCACAAUGAUAGAAGCAAAGACUACACGAUUCCUGAUUCAAACCUAUUAGGAGUGCCACAAGCUCCAGGUAUUCCACCCUCCGCACCAGGUUGGCAAAGUCCACUUGGAAAUGAUUACAGCGGUGGCUCACAAGCAAUGGUACCAGAUGGUCAAGUGGGUAUGUGGAAUCCAAGCUUACAAGCCCCAAGAGCGAAUUUUAACCCAGCUAGCAAUGCAUUUCCAGGUCAAGCUUUCAUGCCGCCGCCGCCACCUCCUACUUAUCCUGCUAAUUCAGGAGCUCUUUUAGGUAGUCCAUCAGAUUUGUCACAGGAAAACUAUGCCAAGAAUGGGAAUACUUUUCAGCAACAGUCUGACCAAUUGCCAAAUGGGCCUUCUUUACAAAGUGCACAGCUCCCGCCUUAUGGUCGAGGAGCACACCCACCCCAGGCCCCCUAUUAUCGUUAGAUGUGUACUAGUUUGAAGUAUUCUUCUCUGGGGCAUAUUUCCUAAAUAUUUUGGGGCUUCCAUUUUGCAUAGCUUCUGUAAUACGUUAAAGAGCUGCGGUGGCAGUGGCUUCUUUGAUCUCGUGAAUUUCACCCGUGUGGCUCUCUCUCCCUCUCCCCCUCCCCCUCCCCCUCCCCCCACCCACACCCCUUGGUAUAGCGUAAACAAAUAUUACAUUUUGACAAUCACUAGACUAGAAUUUCUUUGACAAAGGAAGUGCAAUCGCAUUUUGUAGUUUGAUUGGUUACUCAUGUAUGAUUUUUGUUGUGCUUGAACAUGUUGUGUGUCGAUGAUCGAUACUGCUGUUUCUCCAUCAGGGGCAUCCCCUUCAUGUGCUCUUGGUUUAGUCCUGUUUCUUAUUUCCAUGUUUGUGGGUUAGUUUAUGUUC